UCCGCGGCAAAGAUGGCGUUACCCAUGAGUAUAGGGUCUCUUUUGCUGUCGGAAAUAAAUGAAGACCCAUUAUACAAAGAUGAAGGCCUCUGUGUCCUGGGAAUAUUCGGGAAAAGCGCCAUGCAGCCUGGAUCUGCCAAAGAAUCUCUGAUUAAUACACUGGCAGAUAAGCAUGUAUUCCCUCUGUUUGGGCCGGAUGAGACUGACUGUCCGGGAGGGGGGAGCUUUAUUCAGGCGUAUUACAACCAAGAGAGUCGUGUUCUGUAUCUGGUGCUUACUUCUGUGUGUGACAACCGACAGCUUCUCCGAGCGUGUGAAACUUUGGGUGCGGGGAUUGGGCACUCAGAAGCGCACGAUUUCUGGAAAGGGGCCGAGAAACAACACUGUCUGCAGCUACUUUACCUCUUCUCGCUGUGCCAUGUUUUGCUCCUGGUCCACCCGACAUGCUCGUUUGAUGUCACCUACGACAGGCUGUUCCGUGCCCUGGAUGGACUUCGGCAGAAAGUGUUGCCAUUGCUACGUGCCGCCAUAAAGGACUCGCCGGUCUCAAAGGAAUGGAAGGUGAAUUGCAGGCCUUGUCCCCCGCGCCUGCUAUUCGUAUUCCAGAUGAACGGAGCGCUCAAAGUGAGCGGCGGCACUGGGGGAACGGGACUGGGUGGUAACGGCACCGACGCACCUGGAGGUGACAAGCCCAAGAAGCACUCUCCGCGGAGGCGACUGCAGCACGCUUUGGAGGACCAGAUAUACAGAAUCUUUCGUAAAAGCCGAGUCCUCACCAAUCAAAGUAGCAAUUGCCUAUUUACCGUGCCUGCUAACCAGGCUUUUGUGUACGUGGUUGCUGGGCCCGAUGAAGACCCGGUGGGGGCCUUGUUGGGGCAGCUUCGGGCAAACUGUGCUCUGAGAGAAAAUGAUACGGGCAUGUCUGUGUCUGGACCGAGGCGCUAUCAGCAGAUGCGUCAUAACACAAGACAGCCUUCAUUCACUGUGGAGAACAGCAGCCUCUCGUCUGCGGGUGGCCAGCUGGUGGACUGCACACUGAAGGAAUUCUUGUGGCAGCACGUUGAGCUCGUAUUGACGAAGAAAGGAUUUGAUGACAGUGUGGGUCGUAACCCACAGCCGUCACAUUUUGAGUUACCGACGUACACGAAAUGGGCGCAAGUCGCUUAUAGACUGUAUCAGGUCAUGAUAGAAGGUGGUGAUGAGGAAUCCGCUGAACUCACCGUCAAAGUGCAGGGACAGCUGAAGGUCCUGGAGGGUUUUCUUGAUGCGGACGCAAAGUUCUCUGAAAACCGGUGUCAGAAAGCUCUGCCACUCGCUCACAGCGCGUACCAGUCCAACCUCCCACACAAUUACACCACCACGGUGCACAAGAAUCAGUUGACGCAAGCGCUGCGUGUGUACAGCCAACACGCCCGUGGGGUGGCAUUCCAGCGGUACGCUCUGCAGCUGCACGAGGACUGCUAUAAGUUCUGGAGCAACGGACACCAGCUGUGCGAGGAGCGCAGUCUGACGGAUCAACACUGCGUGCACAAAUUUCAUCUCCUACCCAAGUCAGGAGAGAAGCCAGAAAUGGACCGAAACCCACCGAUCCUCUUCCACAACAGCAGGGGGCGCUCUACCAGCUCCUGCAACUGUGGCCGCAAACAGGCUCCUCGUGAGGACCCCUUUGACAUCCAGGCUGCCAACUACGAAUUCUUCCAAAUGUUGGAGGAGAAGUGCUGUGGUAAACUGGAGAGGAUCCACUUCCCCGUCUUCCAGGCCAGCACCCUGGAUCCGGCCCCGGCCUGCGAUGAGGUGCCCAGGCCUCCUGAGCCGGGGGCGGGCGCUGGGGACGGGGAGCGGCUGAAGGAGAAGGAGGCAGUGGGCCACACCCCCGGGGACAGCACCAGCCUCAGCCUGGCCCUCAGCCUGGGCCAGUCCACCGACAGCCUGGGGCCCUACGGGGACGGCGGGGAGGGCCAGGAGAAGAGGCCCAGCCUGGUGGACCGCCAGCCCUCCACGGUGGAGUACCUCCCCGGCAUGCUGCACUCCGGCUGCCCCAAGGGCCUGCUGCCCAAGUUCUCCAGCUGGUCCCUGGUUAAGCUGGGCCCGGCCAAGGCCUACAACUGCCACGCCGGGCUGGAGCAGCCGGGCUUCCUCCCGGGCUCCGCCUUCCUGCUGCCCUGGGACGUGGUGAUUCGCUGCCGGGCCGAGGAGGAGGCGGGGUUAUCGGAGCCCCUGGACGGAGGCCCCUCCUCCUGGCCGGCCCCGAACAAGGCGUUGGCAGGAAAGCGGGGAGGCGUCGGCGGGCUGGGCCGCGGGCGGAGACGUGACGACGUGGCGCGGGCCUUCGUGGGUUUCGAGUACGAGGACAGCAGGGGCCGCCGUUUCCUCAGCUCGGGGCCCGAUAAGGUGGUGAAGGUGCUGGGGCCGGGCGGGGCCAAAGAGCCGGCAACCAGGGUGCUGAACGCGGAUAUGCCCCUGUACAUACCCUCCCCCGCCCAGGGACGGGGUCUCAAGCCCCACUACGCACAGCUCUCUCGGCUCUUCAUUGUCGUCCCCGACUCCCCUCUGGAGAUCACGCUCAACCCACAGGUGCAGCCAGGCCCCCUCCCCUGCCCGGUGUUCCACCCGGAGCAGACCGAGCUGGUGCUCCCUCCGGACGGGCUGUGGGUCCUGCGUUUCCCCUACGCCUACGUGACCGACCGCGGGCCCUGCUACCCGCCCAAGGAGAACCAGCCCCUGGCCAGCUACCGGGUCCUCAAGGGCAUCCUGCGCGCCAACACCGCCAGCACCCCGCCCCAGUGACCGGUCCUCCGGACCUGAGCCUGAAGCCUGAAAAAUGGAGGCCUGUUUGAGUGGUGUGGCCUGGGAAAACAGAACCACAGAAGAAGAGACCAAAAGUUCUGUUAUAUUCCUCUCAGAAGGAGCAGCUAUGUCUCAGACAGUUUGCGUCGUGCUAGGUGCUUUUCUCACUGACACGGACACUCGAUUAAAAUCAUACUGAUAAAGGCAAAAUAAAUUUUUCAUAUUUUAACAAAAAUUAAUCAGAGAAAACAAAUGUGCAUAAAGUCAAUAAUAAUAUUGUAUUGGUCCCCAAAGGGAAAAUCAAGAAAGGGGGGGUUUAUUAUGUUUUACUUUCAUGUGGCGAUUAUAUUGUUUUGUAUGGGGUUUGUAUCAACCAUGUGUUUUGGCAUUUCAUUUCUAGUGCUGGUGAAAGCUUUAAUUAAUUUCCCCUCUGGGGGGCCGGGAGAUCGAUAAAGUACGUCCAGCUGUGUCUGUGUAGUUGUGAAGUACAUGCUCCUGUUAAAGUGCUCUGCUAACAUCCGCUAAUAAACCUCUAUUAUGGGCAGAAAACACUUUUUCCCUGAGGCCCCAGUUGUGCCAGACUUGUACAGUUGUUUUGAGUGUCAAAUCUGAUUGAAUGGUUGAGAAAUUACAGUGGUGUGUGUGUGUGUAUGUAUGUAUGUAUGUAUGUCUGGUCAUUAUGCUGUAACCUUCACUUUCACCAAAUCCAAGUCUGGGAUUAAAGAUGUACAUAUUUGUAAUCCGUUCUAAUUCUGUUCUGUCGGUUCAUGUUGCUGCGACAAGAGCUUAUUUUCUGAAUGUAAAAAUUCAUUCAUAGGUUUUUGAAUUGUUGGAACCUCUGUUAUCUGGUAAUUUAUUGAACUGUGUUACAUUUCUAUAUUGUGUUACACAUCUUGUUCUUGGAGGAGAUGAUGUUGUUUCCUCUACCCACUUCUAUUGUGCGGCACGUAGGGUGUAAAAUAGCCACUGGCUCACAGGUCGGUGUACGCGAUUCAUGUUCAGUGCUCCUUGCACUGUUGUGUGUGAGUCAGUGAUGCAAAGAUAGAGCGAGAAUGUAUAGUCUUGCCAGUAUUGCUAUAAGAUUUGUAUGAAGAAGAUUCACUUUCGUAAGAAAGAAUGACGUGUGAAAUUAUGAAAUCAUUUUCUGCUCUCUUUACAUUUCCUUUUUUUACUUAUUAAUUAUUAAUCAUGUAAUUGCUUUUAAGAAUAGCAUCAGUUACAGUACUUCAGAUGCGUAUGGUGAGUCACGUGAGCUGGUCACUUUUAUUUGACAUUUUAUAUUGUAUAUAUUUUUUUUCGGAUUAUCUUUGAUUCUCAUGUCUGCCCUGGUCUGUAGCGUGUAAUGACAACUCAAAAUCAAACGUUAAGUUACCCAGGUCCAGAUGCUUUCUCAUAUUGACGCUGAGCAUUGUAACUCCCGUCAAAUGUAGCGUCUGGUUGGGCAGCAGCCAGGGGAUCCAUGGCUUGUCUCAAUGUUUCUCUCUUAAGGCCCUCUGUUAUGUCUUUACAGACUGCGUGAAGGAUAAUGAAGAGCUAGAUUUCCUUCAGAGGACAUACGAGUACUCCGUGAGCUUCAACCAGUGAACUGUACCAAUACAAACAUUAUUACGUAAAUUACAUUAAAAAAUGAAAAUGCCUUCAGAGAUUCCUAAACUUCAUUCUAAAAUGAAUUUCGGAAGACUAAAUAAAUGAAACACUUCGAAAGUAA